GGAGUCUAAUUCCCUCUAUUAGCAGGUGCGAACUAGUAUCAGUUCGCGCUGGUUUCACACGUCACCAGUCGUCCUCUAUUUCGCGAAUUGCGCUCUUCUUUUUGACGCGCGUUCGCGAGCUCCGUGCCUGUGCCGCUACCCACUGACUCCUGAGGCCAGAGCCACAAGCUGCCACGUGGCAGAAUUGUGACCCUCUGCUUUAUCCCUUUUAGCGGCAGCCUCGCGUGUCUCCGUGUGAACCUCUUGUCUUGUUCCCGAUUUCCCCUGAUCGACGGCGAAUCAGUUCAUAGUAGUCUUAAUCCACAACUAUGGCGCGCCGCUCCUUGGUUCACCUACUGCGACGAGCGUCGCCAGUCCUUCGCAACCCGUCGCCAUUCCACCUCAAUCACCUUUCGCCAUCGUCGCACCUUCCCCCUCUAACCGCCACCUUGUUCUCCUCCGCCUCCUCCGCCGCCUCCGCUUUCUCCUCCUCUUCCGCUUCGUUCUCGCCCUUCGCCGCGUCUCCCGCUGCCGCCUCCUCGCUUCCAGACGUUACAGUCGACGCGUCCACGGUGGUAGCGCACCCGUCCAUCACCUCCUCGCACGGCCUCACACCCAACCAGCUCGAAUUCCGCGCGCUUGCUCAGGACUUCGCAGCCAAUGAGCUGCUGCCACGCGCAGCGGAGUGGGACGCGCAGAAGCACUUCCCAGUGGACGUGCUGCGCAAGGCAGCGGGGCUGGGCUUCGCCGCUCUGUUCGUUAAAGAGGAUGUUGGGGGCUCAGGACUGGGCCGGGCCGACGGGGCAGUGAUCUUCGAGGCACUAGCUCAUGCUGACGUCAGCACUACUGCGUACCUGACCAUCCAUAACAUGAAUGCCAGCAUCAUUGACAGGUUUGGGUCAGAGGAGCAGCGGCACAAGUGGCUGCCUGCUCUGGCAACGAUGGAUCUCCUCUCCUCCUACUGCCUCACAGAGCCUGGCAGCGGGAGUGAUGCUGCUGCUCUCAAGACGACAGCACGGCAGGCACCUGGAUCAACCGUCUACAUCCUCAAUGGCUCCAAGGCGUUCAUCAGCGGAGCAACGGCGGCUGAUGUGUAUCUGGUUAUGGCACGGACGGAUGGGGAGGGGCCCAAGGGGAUAUCCUGCUUCUUGGUGGAAAAGGACAUGCCAGGGGUGUCCUUUGGUCAACUGGAGAAGAAGCUCGGGUGGAACUCACAACCCACGGCUGCGGUCAUCCUGGAAGACGUGAGGGUGCCAGCUGCAAACCUCAUCGGGGGGCGGGGCAACGGGUUCAGGAUCGCGAUGACUGGGCUGGAUGGGGGGAGGGUCAACAUCGGAGCAUGCAGUGUGGGAGGGGCGCAGUUCUGUCUCGAGUAUGCCCAGCAGUAUGCAGCAGACAGAAAACAGUUCGGCAAGCCAAUCACAUUGUUCCAGAACACGCAGUUCCAGCUCGCAGACAUGGCAACGGCAGUGGAGGCGUCUCGAUUGAUGGUUAGAAAUGCCGCCACUGGCAUCGAUAUCAAGGCGCCAUGGGCCACCACAGCUGCUGCCAUGGCAAAGAGGUUUGCAACUGAUAACUGCUACCAAGUAGCCAACCAGGCAUUACAGCUGCUUGGCGGCUAUGGCUUUCUUCAAGAUUACCCGGUGGAGCGAUAUGUGAGGGACCUUCGAGUCCAUACCAUUCUUGAGGGAACAAACGAGAUAAUGCGCCUCAUCAUAGCACGUCGACUGUUACAACCUUGACAAGGACCUCCACCUUUCCCCCCGUUGUAAAUAUUGUUGUUACUUGUUUUGUGACAUGCAAGUGUAAAUAUGUGUGAAGUGCAAUACUACUUGCAGGCUUUAGGGUGUUAAAACGAUUUUUGCUGCAUUCUUUGUAUGAGCAGCAGCUGAGUGCUCCAUGUCUUGUACCCGUACUGUACAGUAUUCCAGUCCGA